UCUUCCCGGGGCCAGCGGCUAGCGGCGUAUCGGCGGCCCCGUCGCGUUGUCGGCUCGGCACCCAGCAGACGAGACCGCUCGGUCAUUCAGUGCCGUCCACUAUUUGUUGGCGCCAGGCGCCCGGACCGGUGCGGUGUGCAGACUGACGCGACUCUUGUUUGGCCUGGGCAUUGUCGUCUGCUGAGAGUUUGGAUCCGCAAGUCAUCGGUUUUCCAGCCCUUUAGUUUGCCGGACGCCGCGGCAAGUGUCUCUCGACCCGAUCCGACUCGAAGGAAGGCAUCACCAUGGAUGUGGGAACAGUCACGCGGUUCCGAAACCCCUUCCCGCAAAGACCGUGGAUUUCCAAGACUGGAGCGCCCUUGGCAGCCCCUGGAGCCUCCAACAAGGGGCUGAAAGGAGUCAUUGCAGGUGGCAUAACAGGUGCUUUGGAGAUAACUAUAACAUACCCAACCGAAUAUGUUAAAACACAGCUUCAACUCGAUGAAAAAAGUACAGCAGGUGGAAAGAAGCAGUAUACAGGAAUUAUUGACUGUGUCAAAAAGACAGUGAAAUCCAAGGGUGUGUUAGGACUCUACAGGGGUCUUAGUGUUCUAAUCUAUGGCUCCAUUCCAAAAUCUGCCGUCCGAUUUGGAGCAUAUGAAUCUUUUAAAGGUAGAAUGGAAGACAAGCAAACAGGAAAGUUGUCAGCCUCAAACCGCUUCUUUUGCGGUAUGGGUGCUGGAGUGUGUGAGGCUAUCUUUGCUGUGACCCCAAUGGAGACAGUUAAAGUUAAAUUCAUUAAUGAUCAACGAUCAGCAAAUCCUCGUUUUAGAGGAUUUUACCAUGGUGUGAGCACAAUUAUUAAAGAGCAAGGUCUUGGGGGUGUCUACAAAGGUGUAACAGCUACCAUAAUAAAGCAGGGAAGCAACCAGGCUAUCCGUUUCUAUGUUGUUGAUACUUUGAAAGACUUGUACUGUGGUGGUGAUUCAUCAGUUCCUGUGCCUAAACUGAUCACUGGAGUCUUUGGUGGUAUUGCUGGAGCUGCUUCAGUCUUUGGAAACACACCUAUUGAUGUUGUGAAAACAAGAAUGCAGGGUUUGGAGGCUCAUAAAUACAAGAACACAAUGGAUUGUGCUGUUCAAAUUUGGAAGAAUGAAGGUUUCAAAGCAUUCUACAAGGGCACACUUCCUCGCCUUAGCCGUGUCACAUUAGAUGUUGCCAUAACAUUCAUGAUUUACGAUUCAUUCAUGGAUUACUUCAACAAAGUAUGGCCAUAGUAGGCCAUAAAUGCAAUAUGCCUGACAAAUAGUAGAAAGAAAGGCUUUGCUUUUUGUGAUAGUGUUGUAAUUAGAAGGAAAUAUUUUCCUGAAACACUGUAAGUCCUUAGGAAAAUGAGCACAUGUAUGCUGAGUGAAAAUUGCGGCCAUAGUGUUGAAAAUACUUUCUCGAUGUAUCAUGUAAGUAUGUUCAGCAAGAUGUAUUCACGUUCAUAUUGUGCAAGCUUUAUGUUGACUAGGAAUGAGCUGCUCUUGGUGAAGGGUACCUUUGUAGAACAUACUUACAAUCUUUUUUGUCAAACUACAUUCCAUGAUUUGUGUUCUUCAUGAUUGUAUACUUCAUUAUGAUUUAUGUUUAUAAUUUUAUCUGCUGACUAUUUCAAUGCCUCCUAGCAUUUUUUGUUGUAAAUAAUGACCAAUUUUAUUGUUUUCUUUGUUUUACUGUUUUAUUUUUCUAAGCAUUCUAUUAGAACCAGUCAUGAUUCGAAUAAUAAUAAUACUUUCGGCAUAAAAAAAAAUCAAUGUGAAGUGAAGUGAGACUGAUUUAACUGAUAUUUCAGUUGCAUAUCCUGUGUGGUUGGUAUUACUUUGAGUAGAUCAUCUCUCAAAUUUCUAUUUUUGCUAGUGACUGCCAUAUUAAAAUUUUUGUUUCCUAAAUGCAAGUAGUUGUGCAUUAUUGUUCCAUGUAAAUUAUUUACACACACUUGUUUUGUGUGUUGAACAAGAAUAGCAAUAAGUCUUGGUCUCAAACUGCUGUCGUUGGUUGGUCAAUAGGCUCAUAUAUGUUAAGGAAUUCUCUGUAAUGAUUUUAUUUUUGGUAAUAAUUUUAAACCUGUCAUGAUCUUGUGUGAAACCAGCAAUGCUGACUUUUUGUUCUUUAAAGAACUGCCUAUCCAUUCCAUUAUGUUAAUGGAGAGAGUUGUUAUCACUAGGAUAUUUUUUGUGAGGAGUCUUUUAGCUUUUGAUGAGAAAAUAUGUGAUAUGUUUUGACGAAACAUUCCCAAAUUGUUUGGUUGUACUCAUUUCAGAAUUGUACCACCAACAGGUAUUUGAAGCAACUAGUCCCUGUUUUUGUGAUGCUCUUCAAAUGCAUUUAGUUUGCUAAAGCUUUUCAAUACAAAAUAAAUUAGGUUGUGAGAAUCCAUAAUGCCAGGGUCGAAGGAUGUAGUAUUGUCAUAUAAGGGCUCUGGCGUCUGUGAGAUGUUAUACAUUAGAAAGCUCUAUGCUGUGUUUUUAUAGUGUGUUACGUUAUUUGAAUCUAAUGAAAUUGUUAACUGAAAAUCAUUGUGAAGGUAAUGCUAUCAAUUUGUUGAUGCUUGUAAUUCACUGUACAAUUGUAAUAAAUUGUUUACACUGUUGUA